AUGUGUUUCACUGGAGGUCAGAGAGAAAGAUAUGGAGAAGGUGACGGUGUUGGAACAUAUCUAAGAUCUAGAAAAAUCGAACCAUACACACCAGAUCUGACUAGAUCUGAACAUGAUGUUGACAGUAGAAGGUUGUGGUGUGACAUCAGUGGUGGUAGCGAUGGUGGAAACGAAGUUGACGGUGGUAUCAGCUCUGACCAAAUCGCAUCAGAACUAAAGAUGUUUUGCGUUUUAAAGAGGGAAAGUGAAGCUGAAACAAUUUCGUGGCUCCAGAUCUUAGACCAGGUUGCGAUCGACGGUGGAUAUGGAAGUAUUUUCAUCAGAUCUUGUCAGAUACGUGUUUCCGUUGGCUGUGACAGUGAUGAACGAAGGUCGUGGUUAUCACCGCUCGCCGGAGCUCGUAAAUCUGGAGGAGAAAAUGGUAGAUCUAAAGACGAAAGUCGUAGAUCUGGAUACGAAAAUCGUAGAUCUGAAGAUGAAAGUCAUCUGGAGCCAACUGGAGCUUGUGGAUCUGAUGGCGGUGGUUCGUCGGUGGUCGGAGGCGGCGACGGUACGUCGGCGGUAGGAGGCGGCGACAGCAGGGGGUGGUGGCUGGUGGCAACUGAUGGCAAUGUUUAUGUGUUCUUCAAGUUUGAGAUGAGAGAGAAGAUAGAGUUUGUGUAG